GGCCUCCCUCAGCUGUUGGAGUCCGCUGCCGGCUGGGCUAGAGCUCCAAAUGCUGCCAUCCGACAUGAAAUGGCUUGCUGGUUGCUGGUCUCGCUGGGACUGGCACUGGGCAGCAAAGGGCUGAGGUUCGUGUAUGGACUUGGGCUCAUUCUUCUCGUGCUGCACUUCGGCAUCCAGUCUUGCAGAGUCCAUGAUCUGGUGACCCUGACUCGCAAGAUGACAGAUCAGACCUCCGCACAAGCACUGAUGGGUGAGCUCUUGCCGCUUUACCUCCUGGCGUUUGCCCUGUCAAAUCUGCGGCCUCGGAGACCACUGCCACCCAUCGUCGGUCUUCUCCUUGGGGUACUGGGCAGUGGUUGGCUGUCGACACUAUGGGUGAGCAAUGUGGGCGGGAAUUCGCCACCCUACAUGGACCCACGGCUCUAUGUUUGGGUGGAUCUGCCCUUCUUGCUGGGAACCGUCUACUUCUUGAAAUCUUCGGAGACCGAGACCAGGUGCUCGGGACAUCUCAUGGGGGUGAUGGCGUCUUCCAGCCUCAUGGCACAGAUGAUUUCGCAUCGGAUUUUGCUGGAAUGGGUGGCUGCCCUUAGAGGUGGCGAGAAGACGUCUAUGGUGGACGCCCUCUUGUCACUCCCAGGAUUCGGCCUCCUCUCCAUAUUGCUGGCAUACGUGAUGACGGUCUUCAUCGGGAUUCCGGGGACAUGGCUUCUAGGCAAGUUGGUAACGCCUUGGUUCUCUCCUGCUGCGAACUUCUUCUUCGCUGCCUACGUGCUGUUCUUCGCCGCUUACAUGGUCUUCGAAGAGGAGGUCUUCAGCAUUGCGAGACAAGGAAUGGCCUUUCAUGGAGCAUGCCCCAUGGCGGUUUUCGUGAAGGAGCCGACUCUCCUUCUGAGCAGGGCCUAUGCUGGGCCUUAG